AUGAGACGUCUUGCAAUAUUAGCAGCGUUAUUUGCUGUUGCACAACCGUAAGUUUUUUACAAACACUAUUUCUCAACAAUGUACAGUGAUACUUCUAAAACAAACAACUUUGUAAUUCCCCAACGAUUCAUUCACGGAGUUCUACUGUAGCAGUAGAAUCACUGCUAAAAAAACUCAAAGCCUCGUUUUAGCAACGCAAUUCGUCAAUUCCUCGACAACAAAGAAGACGGUGGUGAACUGUACGCUGUGUUAGUAGCUGGUGCUCCUGAUUAUACAAACUUGUUCAGUGAAACGAACGUAUGCUUAGUUUAUCAUAUUCUAAGAAAGCACGGUGUCAAAGACGAGAAUAUAAUUACUUUUGCUGAAGAUCUGGCCGUUAAUGAUUCGAGGUGAGUAAGCAGCCGAGUAAGCUAUGCCAGCAAUGAAACUGCAUAUCAAAGUACUGUACUAAACCAACAUAAACAUACGUUUUUAGAAGCCCAUGGCAAGGAGAGCUACGUCCACGACCUGACGAUCCUGACGUUUACCAAGGCUGCAAAAUUACAUAUAGAGAAAAAGACCUGUCAAUUGAAAAUUUUGAACGUGUUUUGCUAGGAAAUGACACUACUGGUGGACCAAUCCUACAAUCAACUUCAAAGGACCGUGUGUUCAUGUACCACACAAGUCACGGAGAUGACCAUAUAGUACAGUUUGGCCUUGAUUAUUUAUACACUUCAAAGCUGCAAGAAAUUUUAAGUUCUAUGCAAAAAAACAAUAAGUAUAAGGAACUGUUCUACCAAGUCGAAGCUUGCUAUUCUGGCUCCAUGUUCGACGACUGGCUGACUCCAGAAUACAACAUCUUAGCCUUUACUGCCGCUUCUCCAACGGAAGAAGCCAUAGCUAUUUGUUAUGCUUACAAUGACGAUUGGUUUUUGAUUUCUGGCAAGUAUUCUUGCCAAAUGCAACACUUUAUGGAACAAAAAGAUUUAACAAUUCACGCUUUAAACGAGCAGUAUGAGUACAUCAAAAACAAUUAUGAUGAUAGUACGGUUUCACGAUAUGGCAAUUUAGAGAUUGGAAGAGAGAAAACGUCUGCUUACGAAGGCGCAGUCGUUAAAGACUAUGGAAUCAUUGAGGUAAAAAUUACAGUAGACUGUACUUUUCACGGUGUACGAUAAAACGUCUGUAUAAAAAAUCGCUUUUUUAAAUUUUAAAUUGGUUCAUCAUAAAAAAAUUUCGUUAUACAAGAGUUUUAAAAGCCCCGUGAGGCGUUGACUGGAGAUAUAAUAGUUGUUCGUUAAAGCUUAGUUCCAAGUGCAUUGUAUGAUACAUAUAGCUUGUAACUUAACACAAAUUUUAGCCAUCAAGUUGUGAAGACUACUCAAUAUCAAUGCAAAAAGCUGAUUUGUACAGUUUGAAACACGGACUCACCGUUGCUGAAGCUAACAAAGAUGUAAAUAGAGUAACAGAGUUGAAUAAAGAAUUGGAAAAGCUAUACAAUCUACGUCACAACACUAAUCGCAAAAUUAAGGAUUUUGUCAAGAAAGUAACUGCACAAGAUGGAUUUGAGCUUAAGAACAGAGGACGAGCAAGACUUUCUGAACUAAAAUGUUAUGAACAACUUGGUCGAACCUUCCAUAAGCAUUGUUACCCAGAGCAACAGGUAAUGACGUUUAUGAUUAAUCCUAACUGAUGUUUUAGAUGCGCAUUGGAAAGAUCAACUAUGACAAGUUGUACGAUCUUUGUCAUUCCAACGGUACAACUGAAGAGCUAGUACGGCAGCUAACCAUGCACUGCCAAAACUAA